CUCAUCAGAUCUGCAUGCAGUCGUGAGUCUUGAGUCUUGAGACUUUGAGAUCAAUCUUUGGAGGUCGCGCGAGCAUCUAUUCGGUCGUCAUCAAUAUCUUUGGUCGCUGUUUUGGCCCACCCUGCAUGUGAUCAACGCGCCAGCUUCAAAACCGCCCUACCACGCUGCGCAUCAUGACCAGUCUCUCUGGACAAAGCGAAGCUCCUUCGAAGCUCAAGCUUUCGUGGGCUCACCUUCUGCCACCGGCUUGGGAGAAAAAGGUGCAAGAUUGGCUCGAGGAGGAUUGUCCGAGCUUUGAUUGGGGCGGCUAUGUGGUCGGGGAAGAUGUCAAGCAGGCGAAAUUGUGGUGCAAAAGCCGAGGUGUGCUGGCCGGUGUGCCCUUCUUCGAUGAGGUUUUCAAAAGGCUGGACUGUCAAGUCAAGUGGAACUUUGAGGAGGGGCAAUUACUGGCCGAAGGAGGGAGCCCAAAGGUUCACGUAGCCACAGUCAAGGGCCCAGCACGGAAGAUUCUCUUGGGAGAGAGAGUGGCGCUGAAUACGUUGGCGAGGUGUAGCGGUGUGGCCACUGCCUCUCAAGACUUCCUGUCCACAGCUCGGGCAGCCGGCUACAAGGGCAUUGUAGCCGGUACUAGGAAGACAACACCAGGCUUCCGGAUUGUGGAAAAGUAUGGGAUGCUAGUUGGAGGCGUCGACGCUCAUCGAUACGAUCUCAGCUCGAUGGUCAUGCUGAAGGACAAUCAUAUCUGGAGCACAGGCUCGAUCCCUGCCGCAGUAAGCGCUGCUCGAUCGGCAUGUGGCUUCUCCAUGCGUAUAGAUGUAGAAGUGCAGUCUUUGGAAGAAGCGCAGCAGGCUAUCGAAGCUGGUGCUGAUGUGGUCAUGCUAGACAACAUGGUUGGCCAGGAACUAGUGAACAACGCAAAGUCUUUGAAGGAACAAUUUGCUCAGAAGCACAGAUUCUUGAUUGAGAGCAGCGGAGGUAUCGAUGUGCGAAACAUUGGAAGCGGACAGCACGUGGACGAUUCUAUCGACAUCAUCAGCACGUCUUCGAUUCAUCAAAGCACGAAGCACGUCGACUUCUCCCUCAAGCUGCUGCCAGCGCCAGCAGAAGCCUCUUCGACCGGUGUCUAGGUGUAGAGGAGUCAUGGCGAUGGAAAUUUAUAGUGCGGAUGGAAGGAAUCAUGAAGAUCUGAAAAUGCUGCGCGUGCUUUGAUUGUAGUUUGAGGGCUCAGACCGGAUGUAACGGUCGAGUGAAGAGCGCAACAGCACCCGAGUGAGCCGAGAGCUGGGCGGUGUAUCUCCGUGAUAGAAGGAUUACCUCUGCGGCCGGUGUCGCAAAUUGGAGUCGCAGUCUCAGUAGAGAUUCACAAUCUUGAAUUGAAAAGGCUCGUCAAUCACGACCCAACUCGAGAAUAGGAGGGUUUGCUGACUCAUCAUCGUCGCGGACCCUGCCGCGACUCGUCUCGCAAGUGGGGGUCACGUGUCGCUCUGCACAGCUCCCACAUCACACAUUCAUCAAGAUUGCUGAAUUGAUUCACACGUUUGUGUCUGGAGCAGAGAAGUUCGCC